GAUGACAGUGGUUCCCUGAGUGGGGGGGCGGGGGGGGGGGAGAGAACCGGCUCUACAAGUGUUACUCUGCACACAUUCGGUUGAGUCUUUCACAGGGGGUACAAGUGUAUGUGUUACUGAUGCAGGUUUCUAAAUCCUUGAAGGAGCUCCUCACCUGAAGAAGAUGUGGGGCUGCCCUGGUCUCAGACCCAUCCUGUUCUCCCGACUAUCCCUGGGUGCUGCCAGCAGGAAUGAGGCCUGGCUCAGGCUCAGUGGGAGACGGAGAACAUGUCAGCCUGUUCAUUUUCCAGUUUCUAAUCCUCUUGAUAAAAGAACAAAAUGCAGUAAAGUCAGAUUCUGCUUGGAGGCUGCAGGAAGGCAGGGACUAGAAGUUGUUCCUGAAACUACGGUCUCAAGAGAUGCUCCCCACAUAAAAGGAGUUCUAGUAUCCAUUGGGUUUGAGAAACCCCAGGCUCUUCCUGUGUUGGGGCUGAGUCGGCAGGGGCAGCAGACACAACGCGGAGGUGUGCUUCUGAGCAUCACACUCGGCCCUCCUCUCCAAGUAGCCUCUCGUUGUCCCUGUCCUUUCUGCCCUGGCUGUCCCCCGUGCUGGAGCUCCCACAGUUGUCCAUGCCAUCUCCUCGCCUUGGCAAGCCCCACUCCUGGAUCUGGCUGCUGUAUGUUUCCAGGAAACUUCUAGGACAGAGGCUAUUCAACAAGCUCAUGAAGAUGACCUUCUAUGGGCAUUUUGUAGCCGGGGAGGACCAGGAGUCCAUCCAGCCCCUGCUUCGGCACUACAGGGCCUUCGGUGUCAGCGCCAUCCUGGACUAUGGAGUGGAGGAGGACCUGAGCCCCGAGGAGGCAGAGCACAAGGAGAUGGAGUCCUGCACCUCAGCUGCGGAGAGGGAUGGCAGUGGCACGAGUAAGCGGGACAAGCAAUACCAGGCCCACCGGGCCUUCGGGGACCGCAGGAAUGGUGUCAUCAGUGCCCGCACCUACUUCUACGCCAAUGAGGCCAAGUGCGACAGCCACAUGGAGACAUUCUUGCGCUGCAUCGAAGCCUCAGGUAGAGUCAGCGAUGACGGCUUCAUAGCCAUUAAGCUCACGGCACUGGGGAGACCCCAGUUUCUGCUGCAGUUCUCAGAGGUGCUGGCCAAGUGGAGGUGCUUCUUUCACCAAAUGGCUGUGGAGCAAGGGCAGGCGGGCCUGGCUGCCAUGGACACCAAGCUGGAGGUGGCGGUGCUGCAGGAAAGUGUCGCAAAGAUGGGCAUCGCAUCCAGGGCUGAGAUUGAGGACUGGUUCACGGCAGAGACCCUGGGAGUGUCUGGCACCGUGGACCUGCUGGACUGGAGCAGCCUCAUCGACAGCAGGACCAAGCUGUCCAAGCACCUGGUAGUCCCCAACGCACAGACAGGACAGCUGGAGCCCCUGCUGUCCCGGUUCACUGAGGAGGAGGAGCUACAGAUGACGAGGAUGCUACAGCGGAUGGAUGUCCUGGCCAAGAAAGCCACAGAGAUGGGCGUGCGGCUGAUGGUGGAUGCCGAGCAGACCUACUUCCAGCCGGCCAUCAGCCGCCUGACGCUGGAGAUGCAGCGGAAGUUCAAUGUGGAGAAGCCGCUCAUCUUCAACACAUACCAGUGCUACCUCAAGGAUGCCUAUGACAAUGUGACCCUGGACGUGGAGCUGGCUCGCCGUGAGGGCUGGUGUUUUGGGGCCAAGCUGGUGCGGGGCGCAUACCUGGCCCAGGAGCGAGCCCGUGCGGCAGAGAUUGGCUAUGAGGACCCCAUCAACCCCACGUACGAGGCCACCAACGCCAUGUACCACAGGUGCCUGGACUACGUGCUGGAGGAGCUGAAGCACAACGCCAAGGCCAAGGUGAUGGUGGCCUCCCACAAUGAGGACACAGUGCGCUUCGCACUGCGCAGGAUGGAGGAGCUGGGCCUGCAUCCUGCUGACCACCAGGUGUACUUUGGACAGCUGCUAGGCAUGUGUGACCAGAUCAGCUUCCCGCUGGGCCAGGCCGGCUACCCCGUGUACAAGUACGUGCCCUAUGGCCCCGUGAUGGAGGUGCUGCCCUACUUGUCCCGCCGUGCCCUGGAGAACAGCAGCCUCAUGAAGGGCACCCAUCGGGAGCGGCAGCUGCUGUGGCUGGAGCUCUUGAGGCGGCUCCGAACUGGCAGCCUCUUCCAUCGCCCUGCCUAGCACCCGCCAGCCCACCCUCAGCCUCCAGCACCCCCGGCCCCCACCCAGGCCAUCACCACAACUGCAGCCAACCCCAUCCUCACACAGAUUCACCUUUUUUCACCCCACACUUGCAGAGCUGCUGGAGGUGGAGUCAGGUGCCUCCCAGCCCUGCCAAUGGUGGGGGCACUCAGGUGUGGGCUGACCCUGAUACCUGCCUGGGAUAGCCGCUGGUAACUGUUAGGAACUUUCCUCGGAUGUGUGGGCCCAAGGCCCCCACCUCUGUGACCCCCAUGUCCUUGGACCUAGAGGAUUGUCCACCUUCUGCCAAGGCCAGCCCACACAGCCCGAGCCCCUCGGGGAGCAGUGGCCGGGCUGGGGAGGCCUGCCUGGUCAAUAAACCACUGUUCCUGCA